AGGAGGAGGAGAGGAAGGAGAAAACAGCAGCAAGCCGAGCCAGCAAGAGAGGAAGAAACGAGGGGACUUUUUAGGGCAGAGGAACUUAGCUAGCUAAAUAAUUAUGGUUUAAUGUGUCCGAUUAAGAAAAGAGGAGCAGAGAAAUGAAGCGGCUCUCCUUUUUAACACACCCAUACCUUACAGAUUAGGUGUUAGUAGGGGUGUGUAGAAAUAUUUCCUUUAGGCUGACUGGACACUGGAGAGUCAUAUAUAUGCUAUGUUGGCUAUCCUGGCUAAGAUAGCUUAGCUCGCAUGCUAAAGUUUAGCUAGCGUGUUAAUGCUAUCGUUUGUUUAUCUAGCCUGGGCGCUAGAUAUUUUUAUAUUCGAUUUUUGAAGAUUUUGGUUAAUGUCGGGGUUGUGGUGACUCCCAUCGCACAAAGGGAUCCGCUUAUAAAGAAUGACAAGGGCUGCUGUGCUGUGAUUGGCAAUUCACAGUCACAUGGAAGGUGUUUCUGGUUAGUGUCUGUCAUCCAUCCAUCUCCCAUGCCCUCCCCUGGGUGAGAACAUCAGGAUGAAGAAGAUCAGCCUUAAGACGUUCCGAAAACCUUUCAACAUGAAGGGCAAAGAGGACGGGGAUUUUAUGAUACUCCAGAAGCCAUCGCUGGCUUCCGAGUUUGCCAAAGACGAUGCGCUCUUUGGAGGCUGCUACGCCAAAGAGCUGGCUUGCGAUCUCCACACAGAGGACAACAGGGGCCACAAGAACAGGUCUAAGAGCGAAGGUCUGAUGGGCACCUUAAAGAGGAGGCUUUCUACCAAGCAGAAAGCCAAAGGUGGUAAAGGUGGGUCAACCUCCAUGGGCUCAGGAGAUGACGAUGAUACAUUCUCGUCCUCCUCAGUACCAAUAAGCUUUAAUGAAGUCAAAGCCCAGAGGCCUUUAAGGUCCUCCUCACUCCGCAGCCACCACUAUAGCCCUGCCCCGUGGCCCAUUAGGCCUGUGGACCCUGAUGAAGCAUGCAUAAACAUGGAGGUUAAGGUAAAAGCCAUGGUUCACACCCCAAGCCCUAGCCCUUCUCUCAAUGGUAUUCGUAAGGAAUUUCAUGACAUCCAGAUCGAGGGCCUUUUUGACGAUCGGAGUGAAUCUCUGAGGAACCUGGAGUCUCAGAAUGGUGACUUGCAUUUAAACAUUGAAGAACAUGUGCCUGUAGUCCUUGGACUUGCUCCUCAGGACUACAUUCAGUACACAAUGCCUUUAGAUGAGGGAAUGUACCCCGAUUCUUCCCACUCUUUUUGCUUGGAUGGUUCCUCACCAAUGGAGGUGAUGGAACAAGUUGACGCUGACUCAAUGAAUGUGGACCAGGGUCAGGAUGACCUUUUGUCAUCGGAUAUGCUUAUGGACCAGUCUGUGAGCGGGCUUAUCCUGGGGAAUCCGGGAAUAGUCCUUCAAAGUAGUUCCAGAGCAGAUGCUCCUUUGCUGUCCCCAUCCCUUUCUCCUCUUUCCAGCAGUGAAAUUCAGAGAACCUAUUCUGGAUUCAGCGCCACGGAUUCACAUGUUGCUGAACGGAUGAGGCAUCAUCUUAAUUUCGACCCAAAUUCUGCUCCCGGUGUAAGCAGGGUGUACGACUCAGUCCAAAGCAGUGGACCCAUGGUCGUAACAAGCCUUACAGAGGAACUGAAGAAACUAGCCAAGCAGGGUUGGUACUGGGGACCAAUAACUCGAUGGGAAGCAGAAGAAAAGCUUCUCGACCUUCCAGACGGAUCGUUUUUGGUCCGUGACAGCUCAGAUGACCGGUAUCUCCUUAGUUUAAGCUUCCGGUCGCAGAGCAAGACUCUCCAUACCCGAAUUGAACAUUCGAACGGAAGGUUUAGUUUUUACGAGCAGCCGGAUGUAGAAGGACACACAUCCAUAGUGGAUCUCAUUGAGCACUCGAUAAAAGACUCUGAAAAUGGUGCAUUCUGUUACUCCAGAUCGCGCCUGCCUGGGUCAGCCACGUACCCAGUUCGACUGACCAAUCCUGUCUCUCGGUUCAUGCAGGUGCGCUCUCUGCAGUACUUGUGCCGGUUUGUUAUUCGGCAGUACACGCGCAUAGAUCUUAUUCAGAAACUGCCUUUACCGAACAAAAUGAAAGAUUACUUGCAGGAAAAGCACUACUGACCUGGGAUACAGUAGUCACUUGCACUUUGGGUAAAGUUGUUCAAAUGGUUUACAAGACAUUUGUGGAUUUUCUUUUUUUUUCCAGUAAUUUUUUUCGUUUGUGUCAAAUCUUUGUGUUAGUUUAUCUCACCUUGACUCUGAUUCCAUAGUAAAUUUGUUGUUGCUCAGAUUCAGAACUUUGUACACAAAUUUAAAGGUACACUUUUUUUUUUCUCUCAAAAGAGAAACCUGCCACGUCAAAUAGUAAUUAAUAUCUUUCUACCUAUUAAUGGUUAACGGUAAACCAUAAACUAUAACUUUUUUAUUAUUAUUAAUAUGCAUCCUGUCAGUUCAGAAUGUCGCCUUUAGUUUUCACAAGUCAACAUAUUAAACAUGCUUGGGAUGCUUUUCCAUUAAUAUCACACACUUAACUACAGAUAUGCUACUCUAAAUAUAUCAGUAUAAGGGCAAAAUGACUGGUUGCACUAAUAAAUGCAUCAGUUCAUAUAUAAAUAAGUGCAGAAUCAGCAUUAUAUAUUAAAGUACCACUUAUUUUUGUACAUUUUGUUAUUCUAUGCUAUUAUGUGAAUUAUAAGAUGUCAGCCAACUCUGGCCAUUUUUGAUAGGAAUUUGUUUCUCAUUAGCUAAGGUCGGUACUUUUAGUUAGGCUAAGCUUUUUCCACUGAUAGACUAAAAUUGAUGUUACAGGGUUCAAGACAGUGCAUGUAAAAUCAUUAGACGUUUGCAGUGAAACAUGACUGGUUUGAUUUGUAAAAAGGUGCUUCCCAUGACAUUUUCAUUAUGACUACUUGAUAAAAAUCUGUGUAUCAGUUCUAGGGCUGCCACUGUCAAUUUUACUGGUUACAUAUGACGAUGAUUCAUAUAUAUAAAAAAGAAAACUGGAUUUAACUGAAUAAAGAUAAAACUACCAAAUUAUUAUUGCAUGAGUCCAUCAGACUAUGAUUCUGAGCAAUAGGAUACUUUAAAAUGUACAUAAUUGACAUGCAAAUUGCAGAUUCAUACAGAUGUCAACGUUUAAUUAGUUUUCUGUUUUUAGUAAUUGUGACAGCACUAAUCAAUAUACAUUUUUUGAGGCCCUCUUGCUUUUGCCCAAAUAGAUUUAGAUUCCCGGCCCCCCUGCAACAUUUGAGUUUUGCUUUGGAUAACCUUCAGCUCUCCAGAGCUGUAACUUUUUUAAAUGUUCCUUUGGCCAUGUCCUUUUCAUUGCUUUCGCACUGCCAUCCUGUCAUUAUCCCAAACUACCAGUCCUUCUAACUAUGCUGCUCCCUCGGCAAGCUAAGAACAGAUGCUGCUCUUCAUGUCAUUCUCUUUCACAUUAAAAAAAGUGACUUCUUGGUCAUUUCUCGUCCAUAUUUGCUUUAAGCAACUUUUCAGACUAGCAAUAAUUAGUGUGAUCAGAUAUUUGGUGCCAGCUUUGCAUGAGGUAAAUUCUUUGCUGUUAUUGUAAAUUAUUAGAUUAAAUGUGGUUUCUUUCAACUAUUUGGGCAUAAACAAGACUGCACUGACAUUACAGGCUUGAUUCUCAGGUGCUUUCAUUAAUGCAUCCAUAAAAUUUUCCAAAAUCUUUGCAACAACAAAUUAAUUUUUAAAACUGCUGCAUUAGAAAGUUAAUGUAUUCAGUUUGUUUCUGGUUUGUUUAAAAAAAAUGCAUAUAGAACACAAUGAACUUUCAUAGGUUUCAAAAAUGCCAAGGAUUUCAUUAUGGAAAAGGGAACAGUUGCAAAAUGCUGGCUUUUUAUUUUGAUCGUCGUGUGUAUAUGAAACGUUUCUGCUUCAUACAGUAUUUUAUUGAUUGUUUUCGUUACUUUAGUUGAUCCAUAUUGUCUGUUGUUUCACAUCUUUGGUUUCACCUAAACAGUGAAAGGCUGGUUUUGCACAUACUGCAUGUGUAUCAUGUGAGCAGUGCGGACAUCAUUUUUGGUGCCCAUAUUACAGCGUUUACACAGCCUACAUAUAAAAACAAAUUCUAUAACUCUUUUUGUGAAAAAAAUGUUAUUACUUAUAUAAACGUAUAAGUAUAAUUAGUCAAAUUAUUAGCUAAUCAUGUUUAAUUAGUAGCUAUGCUUUUUGACAGACCCGCAGGAUCUAGAAGUGUAUGUGUUUUUUAAACUGCUGCAGUUGAAUAGUGUCCUUUCACUAUUUUUUGUUGUUUAUAUUAAGCAAGGUAAAGUAACAGAUGUUUACAAACAGUGGUGUUUGUGAAAUUAGGCCUGCUGUAUCAUUUCACAGUGCAAAUGCUGCAUGUAUGUAUGACUGCUGCGCUGCUCACACUGUGCACACGCAGUGUGUGCAUGAAACCGGCUUAAAAGCAAUCCCCUCUAUACAGAGGCUUGCAGUGCACCAUCAUGAGUUCGUUGCUUUGGUUGGGGCAGAUGCACAAUAAGCAGACAAACAACUGUAAAAUGUGGGUGUUUAUGCUUACAGCCUACAAACAACCCUGUGAGCACAGUUUUAUAGAGAUCUCACUUUAUAUGCCCCAUUGUUUGUUCCACCAUGCAGUGACUUAAGUAGGGCUGCACAAUAUAAAAGUAAGAUAUCAGUAUUUCUGAUCGUAUUGCUACCUAUUCCAGUUGUGUUAUGCCUUUCAGUGUGGUAAAACUUUAAUAUGGAAUAAUUACAUUUUAUUGGAUUAUAUGAAGACCAUGAUUUAUCAAAAAAAUUACACAAACUCAUUAGAAGAAGAGUCUGACAUUGGUCAGGGUGCUCACGGAACUUGUGGGUUGAUGAUGAUAUUUAUGACAUUGUUAGUAGUAAAGGGUUUCAAAGUAAAAUUAAAUAAAAUGCAGAUAUUUUAGUGCAGUCAUCCAGCGACACAAUAAAGGAAUUACAUCAGCUUCAGAUAUCGCACAUCAUUAAUUAUCUGUCUGAUGGUGCUAAUUUAUUUUAAAGCAGUUAUCUGAUACAGAUGAUUGCAAUAUAAUUGUCUCAUAACACCAUUUUUUUAUGUUAUAACACAAUGGAUAUCUUAUUUUGCAUACUUGUAAAUACUGCAAAGGCAAAUAGGGUUAAAACAAUAUAUUGUGCAGCCCUAAACUCGAGUCUGACUAAAGGUAAUAUGAGAAAUAUAAUUGAUGCCUCAGUACUAAGAGAAUCCCAUCUGGAUGGGCCAAAAUUAAAUAAAAUAGUUGGUGCUGUAGUACAACAAACUUCUAAAUGGCACAUGUAAGAGAAGAAGGAAAACAAGCUUUUAAUGAAAAGUAAUGUAAUAAGGUUGUUUGGACCAUUGCUUUUAGAGAUGGCACAUUAACUGUUUUUUCUUUUCUGAUAUCGCUGUUAAAAUCAAAUAUCAGCCAAUUACGAUUCGUAAAUAUUUAACUUAAAAUGGGUUUUAAAUGAUGUUAACCUCUUUCCACAGGCCCAUCAUUGGUCAACACCAGUGAUCAACACAUUGGUCACAUUUAAUCACAUUUACUCUCUUAAUACUUUGUACUGACUUCCACUAUUUGCUGCAUUUAUUUACUUAAAGGAAAUACAGAGUGAGUCAUAGUCACAUCGUGAACAAGAAAAUAAGAAUGGCACAUGUUGUUUUCAUACAAUCAUAAGUGAUUUCACUGGGCAUAUUAAACACAGCACAUCCAGCCAAAUUUGAAUUCUUGUCCAUCUUUCAUACUGUGUACAGUUCUCUGCAGGCAGAUUUGCACCACUAAACAGUAUUUAACCAGUACUUUCUGUAUCACCAAUGGAGUGACCCCUGGGGGGCCUGUGGAAAGAGGUAUAUGGAAGAGCUUCCGUGUCUCUGCUGAAAUCUCAUUCAACAUGUUUUACAGUUUCAUAGCUCUCUGUACCCAUAUAACAAUUCUAAUUUCUAAUAGUCCGCUGGCUGCUGGAAAUGUCUGACAGUGACUUUUUUGCCGCCCCCAACUAAAAAAGUGCUGUAAGCUAUAAACUACUUCUAAGGGAUUUUUUCUUAGGAUACUAUUUUAUAUAAAAGUAAACUGUACACAACACAGUGUGAAGAAGUCGUAAUUCUGGACGUUUUUUCGAGUUAAAGCAUCUAUAACCUUAAAACAAGGUUCUUCAAUGAUCAUUUGGUCUUUUCAACUUCAAUGUUUUAAAUGAAACAAAUAGUGUAACUGGAGGAACCACUAUGGAAGCAUUCUUUAGAUUUUCUUUAGACUUUGAAAAUUAUGGUAAAAAUAGAUCUGUUUUGCCAAAUGGGGGGCACAAUCUUUACCCUUUUAGCAUUAAAAAGAACUCAGUUUUGAAUCGAGAGUUUAACAAAAGAGAAUGAAAGCACAUACAGUCGCUUUUAGAGUAAAUUGUUGAAUCUCCAAAAUGGAAAAAAAGACAAUUCAUUCUCAAAUGUUUACAAACUGGGAACCUGGCAUUUUAAACCAAUGGAUAAAGAAAUUAAUGAGUUACAGAGGAUUAAUACAUCCACAAUAAAUCAUUUGUUUUUCCACACUGUUUUUUAAAACAUUCUGGCAUGUAUUUAUUUUUUUUUUUUCUCAAAUGAGUUCCAUUGACUCUGAAUGUGACUGUUUGUUGAUGACUUGUGUGUAGUUUGGGAAUUUAGAAGGUUUUGUUUGUGUGUUCACAAGACAUUGAUUUCAGAUUGCGCUAAAAAGAACAAAUCAAAAAUGAUGGUUCAUUUAGCUAGCAUAGACAUGCUAUGCUGCAUUUAAUGAUAUUUAAUCACUAAAAAUUUACCAUUUUGAUUCCAUUAGAUUUAGAGCAGUACAUUGUAAUAUUGCUGUUCUAAUAUGGGGAAGUGUUUAUUUACAUGAGAAGGAAAACAUUUGUAACUUUUAAUGUAUGUUAGUCCAUGUAGAAGUCAUUUUAGACCAUUUCUCUCGGUCCAUAUGUUGUAAAAUGUAAAGCAAUGUAAAGAGGUGCUAGUGUUUUCAAAUUAUAUUAAAAGAGGAAAAAUGGAGUUUCAAUAUGACCACAACAAUGAAAUAUACAGCCACAUUAAAUCUGCAAAAAAAAAAUAUUAAAUUUACCAUAGCAGUUAGUCUGAUAUAUUUAAUUUGUCUAUGAGGGGUGUAACAAAAGAUGCAUUUUUAAAUAUUUGCUAAAAAUUUAAAUUCUAAGGUCAAAAUCCUUUAUGCUUUAAAAAUAUGUUAAUUCCACAGAGCUCUGAUGUGGCUAGUAUUAGCCUAAUAGGUUUUGUGCACAAAAUCAUAUCGAACAUGUAAAGCUCAAACUAAUACCUUAGCCCAAAACUAUGUAAAUCUCAAUGUGUAAUGCUAUAAUGUGUUUUCCUCAAGCUAAAAGCUAAUACUACAGCUUCAAACUGUUGUAGUAGCUUCAGCUAAUCAAACUACUACCAAUUUGAUCUAAUUUUAUAGCUCUGGCCUAAUAUAUAUGCCAUAUAUGCUAUGCUUCAUAUGCUAAACUAACUUGUUACCAUCAAGCCAUAAGAUAAACUCAAGGUAACACAGUAGUUCCCAACUGUUUAGGCUAAUUCAAGCUAGCAUUACUAAACUAGCGCUAAUUACAUAGGAGCUAAUAUGUUGUCCUACCAAACAGCCACAAGCUAAUAUUUAAGUCUUAAGCUGAUGCAGUAGCCCAGACUAUUAGCAUUUAUUCUAAAUGCACUAGUCCUGAGCUAAUGUUUUGACCUUAAGAUAACACACUAGCUAUAAGCUAAUCCAUCGAUAACAUCCAUAUGAUAACCACAGUAGAUUGAUACUGCAAGUGAAACAGGUACAGUAUGUUGCGUCAUGUUACACCCCUAAAAACAGAUUUACAUUUAUAACUGUGGUAUUUGGCUAAAGCUUAAACAAAGAGAGACUUACAUUUGACUAAAUCCUGUUACACAGAUACAGACAGGCUAAUAUUGCAUUGGGAGUCCUGUGCUUCCCCUGCUGGGAAGACCGAACCCCUAGUCUGCCAUGGAAGGAUUUUUUUUUACCUGCCAACCACUUGGAAAACCAAUUGACAGUGUUUUCAGAGAAACAGUUUUACAUUUCUUACCCAUUUAUACUGUUUAACAGUACUGUCCUAAAUCAUUACACACCUGCUGUAGAUGUAGUUUCCGUGUAGAAUAUUAUAUAGUGUGAGAACAGUUGAGGGAUUAUUUUCAUUUAGCUGCAGGUGGUGAUUGUAAAUGAAAGAAGUAAACAAAAACAAAAAAGUCUGGCGCAAUCUAAACUGACCCGAAUGUGGACUAAAGUGAACAAAAGCAAAAAAUUAAUGUGAAUAGAAACAGUGUUGAAUCAUGUACAUGUAUUUUCUUUAUUUCCCCUUUCAGAUAUACAAAAAGCAUAUUCGAUGUGUCUGCUGUGAUUGUUAAAUAUUAUUUUCUGAACUUUGUAUGUAAACUGUCCGAAGCAUAUCAGAACUGCAGCCGCUGAGUGUCUUAACGACCCUCACCGAGUUCGUUCUAACACAUAUUUCCAUGUUGUCCCUGUUUCCGCAGAUGAAGGUGAAUGUUUACAAGUGUUUGGUAAAUGUUAGUUUAGUCUUUUGUUUAUAAUUUCUUUCUCCUGGUACAAACUUUUCCGUUCUUUAAUGUGUUUUACACAUUUUGUGCUGCUUUACAAUUUAAUGAUUGCCUUUCUUGAAUUAGAGAAUGGGGAUGAUUUUCACCGACACUAGGAGGAGCAAAUGAGUUUUAUUAUGGUUAACAGAUUUAGUUAGUGAUGUUGAAUCUGAGUUCCUGGUUGCCCCUGGUUUACAUCAACAGUUUUUCAAAGUUGAUGAAUUUUUGUUUUGUUUUGUUUAAAUUUUAAAAUCAGUAGUGAUUUAUUGCACAUUUGGAUACAGGUAAAGCAUUUUUGUAUCUGCUUGUAUAAAUUAUAAGUAAAAAUUUUAAAGUCUU